AUGCUUGCCAUCUUGGGAGCUUUUGCAGGGCACUGGGCCACGCCUUUGGGAGCGCCUGCUGGCAUUGCUGGCUUCCAAGAUCCUAUUGGGGCCAAGGGCUGCGUGGCAUUGACCUUUGCUUGUGCCUUCCUAGAGACCGGUCCUUGGUCAGAUGCCUAUGCCAAGGAGCCUGGCAAUUAUGGUGACCCUUGCGACUUUGCAAAUAUCUUCGGCAUCACCGGGGAGAAGAUGGAUGAGAUGAAGACAAAGGAGUUGUCCAAUGGUCGCCUUGCAAUGAUGGCCACCAUCGGCAUGUGUGUUCAGGAGGGCGUCUUCGGCGAGAAAUUUUCCGACCUUCCAGCCCAGCUCGGUUUCUAG